CGCAAAAUCUAUCGUAUCAAUUCCAUUUAUCUGCGUGUAAAUACUUGAACUUUUCCUAAUUUGCACCUACGCCCGCUGAUUCUCUGAUGCGUUACACCUUUGCCCACCGAUUCUUCUUUGAUUUUCAUCCCUUUUUCUAUUCCCAGUUCUGCGUUGCUUUUUACAAGACCUAGCCUAAUUGCGUUGGCAUUGCAAGAUGCUUCUUUCAAUGUUAUAAUACACUUCGCCUGAUAAAUAAUAUGACACAGCGGUUGCUGGACUUUCCUGAGUUGUUCUAUUCUAUUGUCAAACAUUGGAUGUCUAGUAGAUGAGAUUGAAGCCAAUUUGGGAAUUGAGAAAUGCAGAAGAAGGCUGCCCUCAACUUCCAAGCUUUCCUCUAGGAUAAAAGAAAAGCUCGUACCGUUGUAAAAAAGGUUGUGGACUUAUUUUAAUGGGUGCUCCUAAGCAAAAAUGGACUGCAGAAGAAGAAGCAGCGCUGAAAGCUGGAGUAAUCAAACAUGGGGCUGGAAAAUGGCGCACUAUACUUACAGACCCUGAGUUUAGUGCCAUUUUGCGCAUGCGUUCAAAUGUAGAUCUCAAGGACAAAUGGAGGAACAUAAAUGUGACAGCAAUAUGGGGAUCCAGGCAGAAGGCAAAGCUUGCUCUAAAAAGGAACCUGCCAACCCCCAAAGUCGAUAACAACCACAUGGCCUUGCGUACCAUAGUCCAACGCGAUGGAGAAGUUGCAGAUACUAAGCCCGUAGCAGUUUCUGGUGAAACAUCUCCUAAUUCAAAAGAACAAAUAUCAAGGUUGGAUAAUCUUAUAUCGGAGUCUAUUAUGAAGUUGAAGGAGCCAAAGGGUUCUGACAGAGCUGCCAUUGCUUCUUUUAUAGAGGAUCAAUAUUGGUCUCCGCCGAACCUCAGAAAGUUACUUUCAACAAAACUGAAGCAUAUGGUGGCAAGUGGCAAAUUAAUCAAGGUAAAGCAUAAGUACAGAAUUGCAGCAAAUUCAACAAUACCAGAGAAAAGAAGAUGCUCUUCCUUGUUACAAAUGGAAGGGAGGCCCAAAGAUUCUCCAAAAGCAGAGAAUACUGAUGUCAACAUCCUUUCAAAAUUCCAAAUUGAUGCAGAACUAUCAAAAAUGAAGGGUGUGACAGCUCAAGAGGCUGCGGCAGCAGCUGCAAAAGCGGUGGCAGAGGCAGAAGCCGCCAUUGCCGAGGCUGAGGCAGCAGCUAGAGAGGCAGAGGCUGCAGAAGCCGAAGCAGAGGCUGCACGAGUGUUUGCAAAAGCAGCAAUGAAGGCACUAAAAUGCAAAACACUUCAUAUUUGAUGGUGUCAGCUUCUGCAUGAUUGACAUGAGCAGUAUAUUGGGUUAGAUCAUAAUUUUGCUGCUAGGCUUCCUGCAUGUAUUUAAUUACUGUACAUAAUUUAGGCUUGUAAAUCUGGAAUAUGAGAGUUUGAUCCAUGAAACAUUUUGUCAGAGUUGGUAAGAGCUUAUUAUUUAUUAUUUUUUCUCUUAUUUUCAAAAGAAGGCAAGGAGGCGAGGGUUACAAAGUAUUAUUGGAAGUAGUGAUCAAGUGCUCAUAGUAAAUGAAAGAAUACAAUUUUAACUAGUGUUCCAAUUGCAAUAUGGGGUGUCUCUGUCUCGUAGGUCAUAUUUAUGUGGAUCCUUGUUGUAAAUUGUUGCUACAUUACUCUGACUA